AUGCCAAAGCUCUCACAGUCAAUCACAAUAUUUCCACACAACACCCUGCUUGUCUGGGACUUGGAUGCAUCACAUGGCCAGUCGCAUGAGGCAGAAUAUGAAAGCAUCAUACGCAGUCGAGGCUGGCAUAAGAGCUCGGAUAUGGAUUGCAGUUGCCCAGAUUACUGGGGGGGAGCUACCAGACUGUGGAAUAUUGGGCUGAUAUGGAAUGGAAUUGACAGGUACAGAGAAGCAAAUGAGAAUCUCGAAAAAGCGGUGAGCUUUUACAGAAUGGCUAUCCUGGAUAGCAACGGCUGCGAUGGAGAGAUGGAUGAGGAAAUGCUAAGCUUGAUGGAGCUUAUGCGUGACUUGGAGAAUGAUGCCGCUAUAAUGGCAUAUUGGGAAAAACCGAUAUACUUCGCCAUUGCAAAUGGCCACGAGGCUUUGGUACGAGUCAUUCUUGAUACGGGCGUGGACAUUGAACGAUCCGAUUACGGGAGCCUAUUAUAUAGGGCCGCCAAGAAUGGUCACGAGAUUAUUUUCCAACUACUACUCGACAGCUGCGACAAUAAUAGCGACAGCAUCGAAUGGCAGCAUGGUGGUGGAACUCCAUUAUUCUUGGCAGCCGAAAAUGGUCACGUCGCUGUUGUAAAGUUGCUGCUGAACAGUGGGGCCAAUACCGAAGUGCAGACCUAUUUUGGUACGCCAUUAUGUGUGGCCGCUGAGAAUGGUCACGAAGCUGUCGUACAGCUGCUGCUCGACAGGUCCGCGAAUGUCAAUGCUUAUCUCAACGAGAUGAAAGAGACACCAUUAUUCCGGGCGGCCAAAAACAGUUAUACGGCCAUUGUAAAGCUGCUGCUCGACAAUGGCGCCGAAUGCAACGGUCAGUUCGACACAAGCGCACCAUUGUGGCUGGCUGCUCGUAAUGGCCACGAGGCUAUCGUACAAUUGCUGCUCGGUAGAGGCGCCAAGGUCGACGGAGUUGGUAUCGGAUCCUCGCCAUUAUCCAUGGCCGCAGGUAACGGCCACAAGGCGAUCGUACAAUUACUGCUCGAAAGAGGUGCUAAAGUCAACGGCAAUCUUUACAAACCGGCGCCAUUAUCCGCGGCCGUAGGUCGCGGCCACGAGGCGAUCGCACAAUUGCUGCUCGAUAGAGGCGCCAAGGUCGACGGAGUUGGUAUCGGAUCCUCGCCAUUAUCCAUGGCCGCAGGUAACGGCCACAAGGCGAUCGUACAAUUGCUGCUCGAUAGAGGCGCCAAGGUCGACGGCGAUUAUGACAGAUUCACGCCAUUGUGUGCGGCCGCGUUCUACGGUCACGGAGCUAUCGUACAACUGCUCCUCCAUAAAGGGGCUAAUCCCGAAAAGGGUUCACCGGGGCCAUUGGAUUUAGCAAAAAGCCAUGGCCAUAUGACUAUCGUAGAAUUAUUGGAAAAACUUCAGCAACAAUCACGGCUGGCAGCCUUUCGCCCCACUAAUGACCGUAGUGGGAAAUUAUAUAGGGCAGGAAGGCUUUUAUCACUUUUUCGAACUAAGUAA